AUGACACAUUGUUUUCCCGCGCCGCCCCGCGAUAGAACGGCCGCGCGCGCGGGCAAGGCUCGCGAGGGCAAGCAGCGCGGCAAGCCCUACCGCCUCGCGGACACGCGCGCGCGCCGCCCGGACCGCGACGAGCGCUUCGACGACGCCGACGUGCUGCAGCGCGCCAGCCUGAUCGUCAUGAAAAACAAGUCGUUCAGGCCCCGAGAACGUGCUAAGAAAGGUUUAAAAAAUUUACAAAGUGUGAAAACACUGGCGGGUCGCACGGCCGCGCCCGCCGGGAAAAGAAAACAGCCGCUUACAGUGGCCGCACAGUUCCAACACUCACUGGCAGCUCUCAUGGAGACAUUGAAUCAAGCCAAUCCUUUCUUUAUAAGAUGUAUAAAAUCAAAUAGCGAUAAAGUGCCAAAUGUGUUCGACGAAGAAACUGUCCAGCGUCAAUUGCGAUACACGGGGAUGUUGGAGACCGUACGGAUAAGACAAGCCGGGUACAACGUGCGGCUCACGUACGAGGAGUUCAUACAGCUGUAUAGGAUACUGUUGCCGAAGGGCCUGCUCAGCUCGCAGGCGGACGUUCGGCAUUUCUUAGCUACGUUGAAUCUAGAUAGAGAUAACUAUCAACUAGGCGGUACAAAAAUUUUCAUGCGUGAAAGCGAACAAACAAAACUAGAGUACAGACUGCAUCAACAAAUCAUGGCGUCAAUUAUUACGAUACAGCGUUGGUUCAGAGCUGUGUUAGAAAGGCGACGCUUCCUGGCGUUGCGGAGAGCAUCUCUCGUAUUACAAGGAUAUUGCAGACAAUGGUUAUUAAUGCGACACGAAGCAGCCAUCAAAGUGCAGUCCUGGUUCCGCGGCAGCCGCGUGCGCCGCUGGUACUUGCGGUUGCGCGACACCGCCACGCUCUUCCAAGCUGCUGCAAGGGGUUACCUGCUCAGGAAGACCUUACCUGAGAUCAGGAAGUCGAGGGAGCUCGUGCCGCCUAGGACUAAGCAUGAGAGUAAAACGCCGAUCCCCUCCGACGAAGUGUUCAAGCCGAGGCAGCCCAGCAUUGAACAACUAAAGAAUAUAAUUGAUAUACAGUUAAAUAUGCUCAUACAAGAAGAGGCGGAGAAAACAAGACAACUUCGUGCUACACAAUCGUUGCCAUUAGCGAGUUUGGAGAAAAAACGAGAUAACUUAUUGGAAAGUUCCACUGCACAAACCUACAAUAAAAGAAGGGUUUCUAAAACGCAGAAUAUCACGGAUCUGCCUCUCAAACAGUCCAAUCCAAGCUUAAUACACCAAGAAGCAAAUGAAUCGUCGCCAGAUGAAAGUUGGAACGUGAACUCAGCCAAAUACACCCAGGGCAUGGUAGCGUGGCCCAACAAAAUCACAGCAGAAGACUUAGCCAAUGAACUGUUAUGGCUAAGGAUAGAUCAGAAUUAUUUAAUGGCUGAAAAGAACAAGAUAAGAGAGCGCGAGUUGGCAGAAUCAAUAGCGAGCAGUAGUGAAGAAUAUCUUAGACAAGUGGGCGACUGGAGUCCAGGAGAAAGCUCAGAUACUACAAAAAGUAGUUCAAGACGCACGUCCCCGCAAGUGUACCAGCGCAGCCUGUCGAGCACGACGCUGGAGCCGGCGCGCGCGCUGCACAGCCUGCCGCCCGUGCGCCGCGACCCGCGCGACCCGCGCGACUGCCGCGACUCCUCCGCCGCGCACCGCUCCGACGUUGUAGAGACAGGUCAAACAACAGGUUACUUAUUUUUAUCCCGGAAAAAUGAACGGUUCCCGUGGGAUAGACCUGUUUGUGCUUUUCUAGAGGUGAACCCGAGCGAAGCGAGGGUGAGCCGC